UUAACCAUCUGAAGUGUUUAAAUCAACACAACUUGUACAGAGACGUUGAGAGAAUUGUAUAUGAAGCUCCUAUUGAACUGUCAACCAAUGUAACUCUGUACAGUUUUAGCUAGUGACGUGACUGAAAGGUAUUUUGUUCGUGUAAAGCGCUCCUGCACGCGAGUAACAGAACAGGACAGUGUCCAAACACAGAAAAAAACUCCUGGUGGAUCAACUGAGAUCCACGUGACAAACUAUCAUAAAGAUGGAGUUUAUUAAAGAGGAGAGUGAAGACAUGAAGAUUGAAGAAACAUUCAGAGUCAGGCAUGAAGAUACUGAGGAACAAACAGACCUGAUGGCACUUAAAGAGGAGAGUCAAGAGCUGAAUGAAACAGAAGAGAAAGACCAAAAGGAGAAACAUCAUGAUUUCAAAACUGAAGACAAAUCAAUUAGUUACUCAAAUACUGAGAAUAUUUCCUUACGAAAUAAAGCUCAAAAAACACAAAUUACAAACCUUAAUUCCCACAAGAGAAUGCACACUGGAGAGAGACCUUACACCUGCCAACAGUGUGGACAAAUGUUCAAUCGAAAAGGAACCCUUUCAGUCCACAUGAAAAUUCACGUUGAAAAGAAGCCAUUAAUAUGCCCUCAGUGUGGAAAGAGAUUUACACAGAAAAAAACCCUUAAUGCCCACAUGAGAACUCACACUGGAGAGAGACCAUAUGAAUGUGAUCAGUGUGGAAAGUGUUUCGCACAGAAAAAAACCCUUAACAUCCACAUGAGGAUUCACAUUGGAGAGAGACCUUACACCUGCAAACAGUGUGGGAAGAGUUUCACAGUAAAUGGAGAUCUUAAAAUUCACAUGAAAAUUCACACUGGAGAGAGACCAUUCAUAUGUGUUCAGUGUGGAAAGAAUUUUAUAGAGAAAAAAUCCCUUAAUGUUCACAUGAGGAUUCACACUGGAGAGAGACCGUAUAAAUGUGAUCAGUGUGGAAAGAGUUUCAUACACAAAAAAAACCUUAAUGUCCACAUGAGGUUUCACAUUGGAGAGAGACCUUACACCUGCAAACAGUGUGGGAAGAGUUUCACAGUAAAUGGAGAUCUUAAUAAUCACAUGAGAAUUCACACUGGAGAGAGACCAUUCAUAUGUUUUCAGUGUGGAAAGAGUUUUAAACAGAAAAAAUGCCAUAAUGUUCACAUGAGAAUUCACACAGGAGAGAAGCCUUACAUCUGUAAUCAAUGUGGAAACAGUUUCAGAUAUAAAGACAACCUUAAAAAUCACAUGAGGAUUCACUCAAGAGACAACAGUUUUAAAUGUCAGCAGUGCGAAAGGAGUUUCGUAGACAAGAAAUGUCUUAAGAAUCAUGUUACAAUUCACUUGGGAGAAAAGCUUUUCAUGUGCCAUCACUGUGGAAAGAGUCUCACAAACAAUGCAAACCUUGAGACUCACUUGAGAAUUCACACUGGAGAGAAACCUUUCACCUGCAAACAGUGUGGAAAGAGUUUCAGAGUGAAAGGAAACUUAGUGCCUCACAUGAGGAUUCACACUGGAGAGAAGCCAUUCACAUGUCUUCAGUGUGACAUGAGUUUCACCUAUAACAAAGACCUGAAACAUCAUUUGAAAACUCAUUCUGGGAAGAAUUUGCCAUUUUCCUCAGUGUGACGAGAUAUUUAGAAAAUGAGCAAUGCAGUCAUUCUGGAAGACAAAUCAAUUAUGGUCAGUGAAAUAACUCUGACAGAUACAUGUGUGAAGUCAUGCAAAAGUGAGACCCUGUUUGUGUUCUUUGU